AGUAAGUUCACUGUUGCGGAUCGGAUAAAUCCCAUUCAACAACGGUUGUCGCCGCUAGACGAGAUCGGAUUCUUCUCUCUCCCGUGUCCAGGCACCAUUGCAGGAAGGCGUAGUAGAAGGAAAACGGGAACGUUUCAGGCUCGGCCCUCCCUCGCGGGCAAAGCUGUGCGAGAUCCCAACCCAAUUUUUCGUCGCUGUUGCGUUGAUUUCGAUCUCUCGUCUCCGUCUGGGGAAGACAAAUUGUCCUCUCUUCUCCAGAUUAAAGACCAAUAGAGCUGGAUCGCAACUUCAGCUGGAUUUGGCUUUAGCUGCAUUGGGAAAGCCUUCUAUUGUCAUUUUUGUUGGCUGUAAGUUCCUCUCCAGGUUAAGCAUAUUUCUAUUUCUGUUGGAAUUGCAAAUUAGUUUUGGAGAUUGGAACAAGUUGGAGUAAGCCUAGGCGGGAUUUUGUAACCGGACAAGAUGGCGGCAGCAGAAGAUAGUGUUGGUGAAACAGCUGAGCAUCACGUGGAAGAGGCUUCCACAGGACAUGAUGGCAACGCAAAUCUUGCCAUGGAAAAAGGUUUCCAUGACAGCAAGCCGCUGUCAGAUGUAUCUCACGACCAGCUUCUGCAAAUGGUUAUCGAACUCAAGUUUCAGAAUGAUGUGCUAAAAUCUCAUUUUGAAGGCUUAAAAGGUAUGAACGUGGAACAUGAUAGUGCUCACACUAAAACAGAAUCAGGUGACCAGGAAAUGGAAAGCUUGUGUAAUGUGAAAGAACUCCAUGAACGGAUAGAAGCUUUGAGUGAGGAACUUAACGAAGAGAAACAAACUCGAGCUGCAGCAGAGGUGGCUUUGGAGCAUCUCCGAGAGUCUUAUUCAGAGGCUGAUGGGAAAGCCCAAGAACUCUCUGCCAAGCUCACUGAAGCCCAGCUGAAGUUGGACCAGGAAAUAAAAGAACGUGAAGAUAAGUACGCUGAACUUGAUGCCAAAUUUCAAAGGCUUCAUAAAAGAGCUAAACAGCGGAUCCAAGAGGUUCAAAAGGAAAAGGAUGACCUUGAGGCCCGAUUUCGUGAAGUAAAUGAAGCUGCUGAGCGGGCAUCAUCCCAGCACUCGACAUUGCUGCAAGAGCUUGAGCGGACCAGGCAACAAGCAAAUGAAGCAUUGAAAGCAAUGGAUGGAGAGAGACAACAAUUAAGAAGCGCAAACAACAAGCUUCGAGAUGAUAUAGAGGAAUUGCGUCGAUCCAUGCAACCAAAAGAAAGUGCUCUUGAGGCAUUGCAACAUACUCUUUCAGAGAAAGAACAGAUGUUGGGAGAUAUGCGGGGGUUGCUAAAAUCUGCUGAAGAAAAAAAGCAAACUUCAAUAUCCGAGCUUUCUGCCAAGCAUCAAGAGAAUAUAGAACAUCUGGAAGCCCAGAUUGCUGAUGCUUUAGCCGAGAGGAUGAGGGCUACUGAAACUAUUUCUUCACUGCAGAUUCUAGUUGCAGCGAAAGAGUCAAAGAUUGCAGAGAUUGAUGCAGCUACCAGUGGAGAAGCGGCACGACUUAGGGCUUCUUUCGAAAGUAUGAAGGGAGAAAUUGCUCAUAAAAAACAUGAACACGAGAAGGAAAAAGAAAGGUUUGAAGCUGACAUACAGAAACUCAAAAUGAAACUGGAAACUACAGAGAGCAACUGCAUACAUUCUGAGAUCGAAGCAGCUAAGCUAAGAAGUACCCACACAAUUCGCCAAUUGGAGUCGGAAAAGUCUGCUCAGACCCAGGUACUCAACAAGAAAGAUGCUGAACUAUCAAUAGCAAAACACGAGAUCAACCGCCUUGAAAGUGAGUUUUCCUCGUAUAAGGUUCGUGCUCAUGCACUUCUCCAGAAGAAGGAUGCUGAGCUUGCAGCAGCCAAGGACUCCGAACAGCUUCAAGCACUUGAAGAAGCACUGAAAGAUGCUGAAAGAGAAUUGUUGUUGGUAUCCGCAGAAAGGGAUAAAGCUCUGCAGGAUAGACAGGAUGUAUUAGCUGAUCAUAGUAAAGAACUCUCCGAAAGGGAUGAAGCUCUGAAUGAGGCUCGUCAGCAGAUCAAGAGCAUAGAACGAAAGCUGGAUUCUGCCAUUUCUCAUCACCAAUCAGAGAAAGAAUCAUGGGAGAUAAACCUUCAAAACUUGGAAGAAGCAUGGAGAUUGAGGUGUGAGGCAAUUAAAGCUGAGACCGAAGCUUCUUGUGGGCAAGAUAUCCAAAGACAGCUAGAAGAACUCAAACUUCAAUAUAAAAAAGUGAAGGAAGAGCAUAGCGCGUUCCGUGACCUUGCUGAUAGAAUGAUUGAGGAUAAAGACAAAGAGAUUUCAAAACUUAUUGGUGAUAAUAAGAAGCUUCGCCAGUCUCUGGAUUCUAGCACAUCAGCUGAUCAAAAGGAAAGUAGUCUCACAGGUACUAGGAGCUUUGUUGUCUCUCACUACUUCUAUAGAACAGCGUCGUUUCUGGAUCUUAAAGGCUUCAUUAACUCUUUUGCUGGGUCUCUCUCCUUUGCAUUGGCGGCGAUUCAGCCUUCCACAACCAGGAUGCAGGAAACUUAAGCACCUCUGUUGCUGAACACCAGAUUCUGCUUCUUGCAAGGCAACAGGCUCAAAGAGAGGAAGAGCUAGCACAGUCACAGCGGCAUAUUUUAGCACUUCAAGAGGAGAUUGAAGAACUUGAAAGGGAAAAUCGUCUCCACAGCCAACAGGUGUCCAUGUUGAAAUCUGAGUUUCGAAGCAUGGAGAGAACACAGAAAAGAGAUGGUGUUGACUUGACAUAUCUGAAAAACGUCAUCGUGAAGCUUCUUGAAACAGGUGAAGUGGAGGCUCUGCUCCCUGUUGUUGCGAUGCUUCUUCAAUUCAGUCCAGAGGAGGUCCAAAAAUGUCAACAAGCGUACCGGGCAUCGCAGGAUUCUCCAUCACCAACUCCUGCUAAUGAUGCAUCUGGAUCUGGUCUCUCUCUCCUCUCUAGAUUUUCAUUUUCCUGAGCUGCUGAAAGAGGGUGACUGGAGAAUCCUGUUUUCUUUUUACUGCUCCAACAGUAACCAGCAGCAGCUGACCUGCUUUAUCUUCUGUCAGAGAGGGUGCAGUUUUGACUGGAGGGCCUAUACUAUAUACUACUCUUGUAUUCUCCAUUUUCAUCUCUGGUUUUGAUUUUGAGUUUAAUUAUUGUUAAGAAAGUACAAAAUCCCUAAUCAUAUGGUUGUGGGUUAAUACAGCGUGGUAAAGGUAGGAGACUUACCUGUGAUAUCAUACACCGUGUACAUGAAAGUUGAGACCAGUAUAUUCAUAUUUAUAUAUAUUGCGGACAUCGUGAUCUUGUUGAGGAA